CAGCAAAAAGAGAAAAUGAAACCUGCAGUACUCGUAACAUUGCUCGACACUGACUUGCUAGGAGUUUCCUUAAAAUGGGAAAGAUUUUCCAGAUUGAGGUGGUUGGAAUAAAAGGGGAGAGAAAGACAGUAGAUGUUGCGAAUUCACAGGAAGAAUUUAACAAUACAACUGUUUUACAGUUCAAAAAGAAACUUGCGGAAAAACUACCGGGUCAAGCAGGUGAUGAUGUAUCGUCUCUCAGACUGCUGUACACAGAUAAACAGCUAGAAGACCAGGACAAGUUUUCAGACCACCAAAUUGAGGACCGCUCCACUUUCUUCAUGGUCCUGCGUCUACCCGGGGAGUUCUAAAUCAUGUUUAGCUAUACGAGGAAUUUGAGGAAACAUUUUGACUUUUUAACAUUAUCUUAACUUCUCUUUUUGCUGCAAGACAAAAUGCAUUUUUUCUAUAAUGCGGAAGGCUUUGGCUUUGGCAAAAUAGUUCACAAAUAUAUACAACGGGAGGCACACCCUAAGAAACAAUGUGCUUUUACCCCACAAGCUCACCAGCAUGAGGUAAAAGGCAUACAAUAUUGAUUCAAAUACUUUAGGUAAAAUAAUAUGGUUUUAACAAUGUUUAAGUAAAUACUUGUUCAAAACAUCACUUUAGCAAAGUUUGUACUGUUUUUUGUUUAUUUCGAUAAUUCAUUUUUGUUCAAUAAAUAUACUGUCAUUAAAAUAUGUUAAUAUCAUAA